CCAGGACUGAGAGGAGCAGGCUGUCAGACCCUGCUGCAUCUCGGCUGUGGCGGCGGCUGCAAAAUAUGCCUGAAUUCCUGUUUCCUUAAAAUAUUUGGUGCUGAGGACAAACACUCGGUCCUGUCCAGUUGAUUCUAACUCGGCUUUGAAAAGAGAAGACGGGUAAAAAUGGAAAACAACCUCGGAGAGAGAGAGAGCACCACCUUGUCGGAGGUCAGACUCAUCCUGAUUGGUGGGAGAUGGGCUGGCAAAAGCUUCUCCGGCAACACCAUACUGAGAAAGGAAAGGUUCGAGUGUGGCCGAACCAGAACGGCUCAGACCGAGGUGAGGCACGGGGCGGUGGAGGACCGCCAUCUCACCGUGGUCGACGCUCCAGGAUGGAGCAGCUCCCUCUCCCUGACCGAGAUCCCAGAGGGGGACAAGCGACGAUUUAAACUCAACGCGUCCAAGUGUCCGCCCGGCCCACAUGUCUUUCUCCUCGUCGUUCCCAUAGACUCGGCUUUCUCCGUGGACAACAGGAGGACCGUGGAGGAGCACAUGAAGCUCCUCGGGGAGCGGGUUUGGCGAUACACCAUGGUGCUCUUCACCUGCGGGGACUUCCUCUGGGGGAAGACAAUAGAGCAGCACAUCGAGAGCGAGGGAGACUCACUCAAAUGGUUGACAGUGAGAUGCAGGAACAGGUACCACGUGUUCAAUAACAAGGAGAAGAGAAACUCAGAUCAGGUGACGCAGCUGCUGCAGAAGAUAGACGAGAUGAUGCGGCACAACGACGGCAGUUGGUACCAGGUAGACCAGCAGACGUUAAACACCAUCAAAGAGAAGCAGCGAGAAGUGGUCGAAAGGGCGGAGAUGAGAAGGAGGAGGUCCGAAGAGCAAAGACGACAAAUGAAGACACGUAUUCAAGAAAAGAUGAAACCCAUCCCAAAACUCCGCCUGGUUCUCUUGGGAAGCCGGAGCGUUGGGAAAACCUCAGUGGGGAACUCCAUCUUGGGAAUCAAAGAGCAAGAAGAUGGGCAAAGAACGGCCCGCUCGGUGGCCCAGCAGGGUUUUGUGGGUGAAACUGAAAUAACUGUUGUUGACACACCGGGUUGGUGGAAAGGCUUCUCUGUGGUUGACACUCCUGAGGCGAUGAGGGAGGAAGUGAAGCGCAGCCCGUUUCUGUGCCUCCCUGGGCCUCACGUCUUCCUGCUGGUGAUCGACGUAGACGCGUCGUUCAACCUCAAACACUUAGACGCAGUGAUGUCACACGUCGAUCUUCUCGGAGAAGAAGUGUGGAGACACACGAUUGUGGUUUUCACCAGAGGAGACUGGCUGGGGUCGCACAUCGUGGAGGAGUACAUCGAAGGGGAGGGAAAGGCGCUGCAGUCUCUCGUUCAACAAUGUGGAAACAGAUAUCACGUCAUUGACAACAAGAAUGCAGAUGAUGGCACUCAAAUCAUGGAGCUGCUGGAGAAAAUCACUGAGACCGUGGCUGGAAAUGAUUGGGACUACUUUGUCCCGGAUCAAAAGAUAUUUGUGACGAUCGAAACGAGAAGAUUGAGCGUGGAAGUCGCGGCGCAACAGAGGCAAAGUCAAGUCGUGGCCAAAAGAAAAGCCCUCAGAGGUGACAGUAAAGAACUAUCGGAGCUCAAGCUCUUGAUGCUUGGCCAGAAGACAUUUGGGAAGAGCGCAACAGGAAACAACCUCCUGCGUAAAGAAGUGUUCGCCACCUGUGAGAAUGAGUCAUGUCAGAUGGAGGAAGGGGAAGUUGCCGGCAGGUUGGUCACAGUGAUCGACACCCCGGGGUGGCGGAGAGAUUCCUCCUGCUGCACUGAAGAGAAGGACAAAGAAAUAGUCCGAGGCCUGUCGCUGAGCCGUUCGGGGGUUCACGCCGUUCUGCUGGUCGUCCCCUUGGACCUGACGUUCAGAGAAGCUCAGCAGGCCUCCCUGGAGGAACACCUGAACCUCUUCGGCGCCGACGUCUGGAAACACGCCAUGGUCCUGUUCACGUACGGAGACAAUCUGGCGGACAAAUCCGUGGAGGAGCACAUCGAGGGGGAGCACGGCGCUCUUCGUUGGCUGAUAGACAAGUGUGAGAACAAAUACCACGUCGUGAACAAUAUGAAGAAGACGGACACGGGUCAGGUCAACGAGCUGUUCGAGAAGAUCGAGGAAAUGGUGGCGGGGAACGGCGGCCGGCUCUUCUACCCCGAGAUGAACGCCGUCCACCUGAGGAUUGAGGAGAAGUUCGGGAGGAGGCAGCUGAAGCGCGUGCUGAAGCAGCGUCUGGAGGAGGAGUACAGGAGGAGAGAGCUGGAGCUGAUGAAGGGCUUCAAGAAGACGCUACUCCACCUGCAGGCGGAGGUCAAGGGUCAAAGUGUGACGAGCACUAAGUGCAAGUUGCUGAUUGGUGAUGUGACCAAAAUUAAAGCCAAGGGUAUUGUCCAGAGGAGGAAAGAUGGAAAGGAGAAGGAGGAAAGUAUGAACUUGAAAAUCAGCCAAGAAAUUGAAAAGCUGGAGAAAAACAUAGAAACAAAAUCCUCGGAGCUUCAGCAAGGCAGCAUGGACGUCUUUCUCCCGAACUUUAAAAGAGAGGGACCAGCUCCAUCUACCGCUGGGUCUUUGUCUCAAAUGGAAAACCCAACCCGCCACUACGAUAAAGUUCUUGGUUGGCUGUCCACGCUUCAGAUCGGCAGAAACUACGAUAAUCAGAUGACCCUGAACUUCUCUCAGGCGACGUCUGGAUACAGAUCCGUGCUGCCACACGGCGACCUGGACUUUGACGAAGACUAUGAAUGAAUGAGUUGUCUCGUUGAGGACAAAAAUGCAUUUUAGCUUUGCAGAAUUGACAUUCACGGGAUUUUUGAUGGUAUAAGAAAAAGGAAGGCCUUCGUUAAAAAUCAUCAUCAUCAUUUUUAUAGUUUUUCUUCUUCGCUUUGGCUCAAUUCUUGAACGGGAAUUGUUUGUUGCUCACAACGUUUCUGAAUUUGUCAUGAAUUCAAGUGAGUUGCUCGUAUCUUAGCCGUGUGUGCAAACGAGUUAGUACAACAUCGACUUUCAUGACUUUGCUGUUGAAAAACAAUGAAUUUAUCCUCAGUUUCUGUCACGGUCUUCUCUUAUUUUCUGAACUUUCUUUCAUGGUUUCAGCCAUCGCAUGCAAAAUUCAAUUACUAAAAUCUGUGAGACAUACAUUAUUAUGUGUCAUGUAUAUUCCAUAGAUAUCUAUGACAAGUUAUGUGCUGCAAGGAGGUAAAAUGGGAUGUUUUUUGCCGCUUUUUUCGUUCAUCAGGUUUUAUUGUGGCGUUGAUUUUCGGUUUCACAGCACAUUUAACACAUUGUUACACAAAAAAGAGUUGUUUAUAAAUGUUCAUUAAUUCCC